UUAAAAAAAUGUAAAAUGUUUAUUCGAAAAUUAUUGCCUAGCUCUUCCAAUUAACCUGUCAAUUGCAAAGUGAACCAGUAACCGGACUAUCAAUACUUGAGGUUAAAACUAACCAAACAUUGGACACGUAAUCGUUAUAUUUUGCGUACACUAAAGGAAAAAUGUCAGAGAAAGUUUCAGGUAUACCUGUAAAGAGGAAGACAAAUUCACCAGGCAAUAAUCAAGAAAAAGGUGGACAAACUUCCAACAAUAAAUCAAGUAAUCCAGUCACUGAAAUAGCUGGAUAUAGCUCUAGUGACAAAGCUCACAGUGAUUUGAAUAAAUCAAAGGAAAUGGCAGGAACAAAAUAUGUGUUGAAAUCAAGAAAUGAAACUAAAAAUAAUGAUGGUGAACGAACAACUGGAAAUGGAAUAAAAGAUUCUGUUGGAGACACUUCUGACAGUUCCAAAAAUUUGGAUUUAGGAAAUGAUGGUGUUGCAUCUUUAAGUUAUAAUAGUGAUCAAAAUGUGCUUUAUUAUGCAGUCUUGACUGUUGUAACUGUAUUAGCAUUUGUGACAAGACUUUAUAAACUUGAAGUUCCAUCAUGGGUUUGUUGGGAUGAGACACAUUUUGGAAAGAUGGGCAGUUGGUACAUCAAUCAUACAUUUUUCUUUGAUGUUCACCCUCCACUUGGAAAGAUGCUGAUUGGUCUAGCUGGUCAUUUAUCAGGGUACGAAGGGACAUUUGCCUUUAAUAAACCUGGUGAUGAAUAUGGAGACAUACCAUAUAUGGGCAUGAGAGCGAUGUGUGCGUGUAUGGGAGCAGCUCUUGUUCCACUUGUAUACAUGUCCACCUGGUUGCUAUGUCAAUCAGUGACAGCAUCUCUUCUUGCUUCAUCUUUUGUUCUUUUUGAGCUGGGUAUAAACACACUGACAAGAUACAUACUGUUGGACCCUAUUCUCAUGUUUUUCAUCAUGGCAUCUACAUACACACUUCUCAAGUUCUUAUGGUACAAAGACAGUCCAUUUUCACUGAGUUGGUGGUUCUGGUUAAGUGCAACUGGUGUCUUCCUUUCCUGUGCUAUUGCAGUAAAGUUUGUUGGUCUAUUUGUUGUAUUGCUGGCUGGUUACAGCACUAUAGCUGAUCUCUGGAGGUUGCUAGGCAACCAUAAAUUACCUUUGAUUGAGAUUAUAAAGCAUUUUGUUGCCAGGGCAGCAUGUCUCAUUGUUCUUCCAGUCAUUUGUUAUAUGAUAUUCUUUGCCAUUCACUUUGCCGCACUUUAUAAAAGUGGUCAUGGAGACGGAUUUUACAGUUCUCAAUUCCAGUCAACUCUAGAAGGGAACAGACUUCAUAACAUCAGUAUGCCAGACAGCUUUGCUUAUGGGAGCGUAGUUUCAUUGAAGCAUCAGCGAACAGGUGGAACAUAUCUUCAUUCUCACCCACAUUUAUAUCCUGAAGAACAUCCACCUAGGCAGCAACAGAUUACUGGCUAUAGUCACAAGGAUGAGAACAACAUGUGGCGUAUAAAACCCUCACAUUAUGAACCUUCGGAGGACAAUUCUUACCCUGUGUUUGUCAAGAAUGGGGACCUUGUCAGACUUGAACAUAUUCAUACUCGGCGAAACCUACACAGCCACAGGGAACCAGCACCUCUUACUUCAAGGCACUUCCAGGUUUCAGGUUAUGGACAGGAUGGUAAAGGUGAUGCCAAUGAUAUCUGGCAAAUUGUUGUACCUGGUGUAGAAGAGGGAGCACAAAUUAGGGUUGUCCAGUCAAAGUUUAAACUUAUACAUUACCAUGUGAAGUGUGCACUCUUUGCACAUGACAAGAAAUUGCCAAAAUGGGGCUUUGAGCAGCAGGAAAUCACAUGCAACCCCGACGUAAAGGCUGGUAAAACACUGUGGAGUGUAGAGGAAAUUAGAGAUAAAAGAUUGCCAGAUGUAAGCUUUGAAGUCCACAAACCUUCCUUCUUGGACAAGUUUAUAGAGAGCCAUGCUGUGAUGACACAGGGCAAUGCUGGACUAAAACCACAAGAAGGAGAGGUGACUUCAAGACCGUGGCAGUGGCCUAUUAACUUAAGAGGCCAGGUUUUCUCAGGAAAAGACCACAGAGUAUAUCUCUUAGGUAACCCAAUUAUCUUUUACGGGUUGUUGGUGGUCAUGGCGUUAUUUUUCCUCAUCUACCUUGUACAUUCAGUGAAAGUUCAGAGAGGAGUGAAAAUGACAAAGGAAGUUUCAGAUUUUAAGGAGCGUACAUUCAGUGCCUGUUGGUGGGCUAUGAUUGGCUGGAGCUUACAUUACUUCACAUUCUGGCCAAUGACAAGGGUUCUCUAUUUCCACCAUUAUUUCCCUGCACUGUUGUAUGGCUUUAUGCUAGGAGGUAUUACUCUAGACUACAUGAUCAAAAUGCUGUGUAAUUCUUUACCAAGGUCAUUAUCUGUGGUUGUAUUCCAUACUUGUAUUGGUAUACUUCUGUCAGGAACAGCCUACAGCUUCUAUUUAUUUCACCCUCUGACGUAUGGGAUGAGUGGACCACAGGCAAAUAAUCCAGAAAGUAACAUGUAUGGAUUGAAGUGGCUUGACACAUGGGAAAUUUAACAUGCUGCUCUGUACAUUACGUCUUACCUUAUCAGCACAAUAACUACAAAAAUAUGUGUAAAUAUGGCAUUGUUUGAAUAUAUAGAUUGCAGGCAAUCUAAAAUGAAUACCAGUCAUUCGUUAGUGAAAAUUGUUCUUCUUUUAUGUAAUAUUUUUUUUGUUUUUAUAUAUUUUAUAUGGUACAUAAAUUAUAUAUUGUGAUAAAUAAGUAAUUUGAUAUGUCUGGAUUUAAGGGAGCACACAGAGGUUUAUGUUAGGAAUUCAGAAAUUACUUUUUCAUUUCUUGGUAGUUGUAAAUUAUAGGUAAAGUUGGCUUCUGAAGUAUUUACAAUGUAUUUAUAAAAAAAAUGCCAAUGUUUUUGCAAAAGCACCUAGCAUGUAAUUUAUAAUUUAGAUGUACUACUUUGCUUGCAAAAGCAUUGCGUGUUUGGUAUGGUAAACAAAGUAAUAGAUUUAAAUGAAGUGCCUUGACCUAUAGCUUAAUUCAUCAUACAAAUAGUCAGUACUGUUUGCUUUCUUUAAUAAUUUUAUCUUUAAGUUGUCAGUAGAUUAAGUGUUAUUUCAACAAACAUUUUGAGAGCAAAAAUAAGGAUUUAAAAUUAGUUACAGUUUAACCAAACCUACCUUAGAUCCUUAAUGCAGGGAGGCCCACCUGAUGUCUUACAGUUAAACUUACCCUAGAACCUUAAUACAGGGAGACCUACCUGAUGUCUUACAGUUAAACCUACCCUAGAACGUUAAUGCAGGGAGACCCACCUGAUGUCUUACAGUUUAACCAAACCUACCUUAGAUCCUUAAUGCAGGGAGACCCACCUGAUGUCUUACAGUUAAACCUACCCUAGAACCUUAAUACAGGGAGGCCCACCUGAUGUCUUACAGUUAAACCUACCCUAGAACCUUAAUACAGGGAGACCCACCUAAUGUCUUACAGUUUAACCAAACCUACCUUAGAUCCUUAAUGCAGGGACACCCACCUGAUGUCUAACAGUUAAACCUACCCUAGAACCUUAAUGCAGGGAGACCCACCUGAUGUCUUACAGUUUAACCUACCCUAGAACCUCGAUGCAUGGAGACCCACCUGAUGUCUUACAGCUAAACCUACCCUAGAACCUUAAUACAGGGAGGCCCACCUGAUGUCUUACAGUUAAACCUACCCUAGAACCUUAAUGCAGGGAGACCCACCUGAUGUCUUACAGUUUAACCAAACCUACCUUAGAUCCUUAAUGCAGGGAGACCCAUCUGAUGUCUUACAGUUAAACCUACCCUAGAACCUUAAUACAGGGAGACCCACCUAAUGUCUUACAGUUUAUCAAACCUACCUUAGAUCCUUAAUGCAGGGACACCUACCUGAUGUCUUACAGUUAACCCUACCCUAGAACCUUGAUGCAGGGAGACCCACCUGAUGUCUUACAGUUUAACCUACCCUAGAACCUUGAUGCAUGGAGACCCACCUGAUGUCUUACAGUUAAACCUACCCUAGAACCUUAAUGCAGGGAGGCCCACCUGAUGUCUUACAGUUAAACCUACCCUAGAACCUUGAUGCAGGGAGGCCCACCUGAUGUCUUACAGUUAAACCUACCCUAGAACCUUGAUGCAGGGAGGCCCACCUGAUGUCUUACAGUUAAACCUACCCUAGAACCUUGAUGCAGGGAGGCCCACCUGAUGUCUUACAGUUAACCCUACCCUAGAACCUUGAUGCAUGGAGACCCAUCUGAUGUCUUACAGUUAAACCUACCCUAGAACCUUAAUGCAGGGAGACCCACCUGAUGUCUUACAGUUAAACCUACCCUAGAACCUUAAUGCAGGGAGACCCACCUGAUGUCUUACAGUUAAACCUACCCUAGAACCUUAAUGCAGGGAGACCCACCUGAUGUCUUACAGUUAAACCUACCCUAGAACCUUAAUACAGGGAGACCCAUAAUGGGAGUUUUUUUAUUCAAGUAGAUUUAUUUUCUGUACUUCUGACCAGUCCAUUUGAAGAAACAUGAGCUUAAAGGUUGGCUGUUAUGCAACCAAUCAUUUGACAAACAAAUGUGGACAGUAUUUAGUAAUAAUUAUUGUUAUUUUGCCAGAUUUUAAUAUCACUUGUUGGUACAGCAUAUGCCCCCCUAAAGUUAUAUUUUAUGUUCAAAAAGAUAUUUACAUUUUUUUACAUGAUGUGAUUUGUAUCAAAUAUAUAUUUCUUUGAUAUUGUUGUAAAGAUGCUAAACUUAUAUAUGAAUCUCUAUUUUUGUCAUAUUUGUCAGAUUAAGAUACAUAAAUUUCUACUUAUUGAGUUCUGUAGAAAUCAUAUAGUAAGCAGAUAUAUUGCUCAUUUCAGUAAAAAUCAUGUUCCCCAACCUUUUCAUGAAAACAUAUUUGAAAACUGUUCUUUCAGUUUACAACAUUCUCAGUCUAUGAAAUUAAGGAUUAGGUCUUCACAGUGCCAAUGUCUGUCAAUUCCCCAAAGCUUGAGUCACAGAAGUAUUUAUGGCCAUACUGCCAUGUAUUAGUCUCAGAGAGAUUUAAAGGUCAGCUUAAUAAUGUCUUUAAAUAAUAUCUACUGAUGGAUAUAUUAUGUUGUAGGGUUAUAUAUACAAUUGUUUUGCAGUCCUGGACAAUCAUAUUUAUCAAUGUAGAUCAUGGUUAACAUAAGAUAUAGGUUUACCUAAAAGUUAGAUAGCUAUAUUAGUCUAAUAAAUUGUGCUAGGACAUGGUUUAAAAGGAGAUAUAGGGAUUUUUAUGCAUCACUCUUUAACAAGAUUUAGGGGCCUCGAUAACUGAGUGUUUAGUGUUACUGAAUUAGAAUCACUUGCCCCUGAACAAUUUGGCCUACAUGUAGAAGCCUCGCUUAGAUAAUAGAAUUCUUCCUUUUAGGAAACUAUUCAGCUGGCUUAUGGAAGUUUGGUGGUUAUAACAGGUGCCUGCCAAUGCCAGGAACAAAGCUCGGGGGAGCACCUCGUCUUUUCCUUCAACAUUUAAAGCUUGAAAAGUCGCCAUACAAUCUAAAAUUAUUUCAUUGUGACACUAAAUCAAACAAGAAACAACAACAAAACUCUAUUAAAUUAACUGUGAUUAAUGCCAUGAAAAAAUAUUUUGAAUGUCAACCUUUUUAGGGCAUUGAAAAGAGAGGUAGGUGAAUCUCAGCUAAGCAUUUAUCAUUUCAUUCAUCUACUUACUUAUUUUGUAAUUAUGUGAUUUAUAUUGAGGUCAAGGUGAGAUGUUUUUAGUUGUACAUCGUAUCAUUCAUUUUCAUGCAUUGUAUAUCAUAGUACAAUAUUAUAUUAGCAUGUAAAGUAUGUUUAGAAAUAUACAGGUGCUAGAAAAAGAUAUUUUGUUUGAACAUAUGGUCAUUGAAGCAUCAAACUUGUGUUGUUCUGAGAAAUAUUGAUGAUUUUUAUUUUUUCAGCUCACCAGAGUGCAUGGUGCUUUAGGUGAGCUAUUAUGAUCAUCAUUCGUCUGUCAGUUUGGGAAAUUUGUUAUACAUUAUCUAUCAUUUAUAAAUUUUCUAAAAAUACUAAAGAGGUCAACAUUUUUUACCAAUCUUAAUUAAACUUAGUCAAAAUGUUAACCACAAUAAAAUCUGGUCAUGUUUGAAACUCGGCCGUUUUCAGUCAGCUAGGCCAGAAUACUUUGAAAAAAUUUUAGGUGACACAUUUUCUAUUUGAUCAACAUGAAACAUGGACAGAAAAGUUGUUCUUAUAACAUCUAGAUCAAGAUUUAAACUGGUUCAUCUUGGGUCAAGAACAAGGUCAAUAUUUCCAAUCAUAGUAAAACCUUUUUUACUCUUCAGAAGAGAUAUUUUCUACCCAAAGUACAUGAAAUGCUAUUGGAAUGUUUGUCUCUAUGAAAUCCAGGUCAAGAUAGAAACUGGAUCAUCAUGGAUAAAAUACUUGGUUACUAGGUCAAAUCAUAGUGAAAACUUAACUCUAUAGAGACCACAUUUGCAUCCUGGUAUACAUGCAUUCUCAUCUGAAUAUUUCCUUUAUAUGAUGUAGAAACUUGGUUAUUAGGGGUAAAAAAAACAGUUAACUAGGUCAUGUCAUAGUAAAACUUUGGUAUUGCACAAGAUUCCAGAUUUCCUACUUGAUCCGCAUGAAGCCUGGUCAGAAUGAUUUUUUUUAUGAAAUCUGUCACAUUUUUGAAACAGGGUUAUCUUGGAUGCAGUGAGGUCACUUGGUUAAAUAAAAGAAAAACACAUUAACACUGAAAAGCCACUUUUUCUACCUGAUUUACAUGAAUCCUGUUAGGAAUGUUUGUCCUUGUGCAGUUUAUCACAAUGAAAAGAAUAGAGGAUAUUACAUGAGUGUCUUUUCAUAUUGAAUUUAUUAAACAAGUUGAAUAAAUAAUAAAAUGCGAGGCUCUGUCUAGCAUUUUAUCAGUUUUAUUCAACGAGUUUAUUAAAUUCAGUGUGGAAAGUCACAAAUGUAAUACAUUUGUAUUCUUUUUAUCACUUCUUAGCUUUUCUUGUCGAAACAUCAAAACUUCUACUUUCUUUUUCUAUAUAAACAAGUCAGUUUGACCAGCGUCUUUUGUACUAUAAAUGACAUCAACGUCAAAGCUUUAUUACACUAGUGUAUUAUCGUUUUUAGCUCAUCUGAUUUUUUGAGAGAAAAAAAUGAAGAGUUAUUGUCAUCACUAGAUCAGCGUCAGCAUUAGCGUUGCCUGGUUAAGUUUUAUAUUUAGGACAGCUUUUCUCCUAAACUAUCAAAGCUAUUGCUUUGAAACUUGCAACACUUGUUCAACAUCAAAAGCUGACUUUGUUCAGCAAGAAACAUAGCUCUAUCCUGCUUUUUGCCAGAGUUGUGACCCUUUUUGGACUUAGAAAAUAUCAGAUUUCUUGGUUAAGUUUUAUGUUUAGAUCAACUUUUCUCCUAAACUAUCAAAGCUAUUGCUUUGAAACUUGCAACACUUGUUCACCAUCAAAAGCUGACUCUGUACAGGAAGAAACAUAACUCCAUCCUGCUUUUUGCAAGGAUUAUGGCCUCUUUUGGACUUAGAAAAUCAGAUUUCUUGGUUAAGUUUUGUGUUUAGGUCAGCUUUUCUCCUGAAGUACCAUGACUCCAUCCUGCUUUUUGCAAGAAUUAUGGCCCCUUUUGGACUUCAUGGGUAGGACAAUAUUUCUCUUAUAUAGAGACAAAAAAAUCAGAUGAGUGUCUGCACCAGCAGGGCGGUGCUCUUGUUAAGUAAUGGCUUUAUUACACUCCCGUGACGUCAAACAUGUGAUAAAAAGAGUUAUUUGAUGUUAAAAAGUAGUUCAGAUCAAAAACUUUGUAACCUUCUAGAGGCUGUAUUUUCUACAUGAUGUCCAUGAAGCAUGUUCAGAAAUCAUGACCUUGUUUUCUAUCUGCUCAUCACAAAACGUGCUCAAAAUGAUUGUCACCUUUAAAGCUGUGCUAAGUUAUUAAUUGCUCAGGUACUUGGGUGAGCGAUACAGGGCCUUCAGUACCUCUUGUUAUUAUGAAUGUAAAUUUUGGUUGUGGGUAUGUCUAGAUUUUUCAUUGAUUGUAUAUAUUUAUUCAAAUUGACCUAUUACAAACACAAGAGCUUCCAAUUUUAGAUUUAUUUACUUAGUUCAUUGUAGUAAUUACUAAUUAGGCAUAAGAUCAGUAUCUAUAAACGCAGUCAUUGAAAUGUAGUUACAGUUCCUAUACAGUUUUGAAUUGUGUAGUCGAUUUUGUUGAAAAUAGUGAAGGAAAAACAAUCUCAGGAACUGUAAAGGCCUCCUUCUGACUAAUGCAUCCUUGUAGUAUUUUCAGUCAUAAUACUCAGCAAAAGGGUGAAGCUGUGAAUUUUUUAUUUAACUGCUAUUUUAAGAGAGGACAUGUGGUUUUUGUAUUCAAAGAAGUGGCUAUAUUCCUUUGCACCUAUUGUAGAGUGAACAGUAUCUGCCUAAUAACCAGAGAACCAUUUGAUCCAGGAACUUCAAACUUGGAAGCAUGAUUGAGCUUAUGAAUUAGAUGAACCCUGUGGCUUUUUGGAUCAGUAGGUCAAAGGUCAAGAUCACAGGGGCCCAAACCUUGAAAACCGUUUUUGCCCAAUAACUGGAGAACCACUUUAUGCAGGACCUUUAAACAUGGAAGCAUGAUUUGUCAAAUGGAUUAGAUGAACCCUAUAGCUUUUUGGUCUGUAGGUCAAAGGUCAAGACCACAGGGGCCUGAACAUCGAAAUCUGUUUCCGCUAAAACAUUGAGAACCACUUGAUUCAGGACCUUCAGACGUGGAAGCAUGAUUGGGCUUAUGAAGUAGAUGACCCCAAAUAAUUGUUGGGUUAGUAGGUCAAAGGUCAAGGUCUAAGACAAAGUAAGUAAUCAUUGGACUGAAAAUGAGACAAACCAUUAUUUGGGCAUAAGUUUAAGGUAUUGCAUGUGAUAGACACCAAGAUAUAAUAGAAUUUCCUUAGACUCUUAAAACUCUUAAUAAAAAUUAGCAGCCUAUAGCCCACUAAUACUCUUUCUUGGUAUAAAGAUUCUUUUUUGAAAAAAAGAAAACCAUGAGAUUAUUUGAAAUCCACAAUACAUAGUAAGUUACUACUUUCAAAUAUUUUUAUGUUUAGAUGGAAAGAAUAUGAUCAUUCUUUGGAAGUAGUUCUAUUAUAAAUUGUAUGAAUAUAAUUAUAUUUCAAUAAAAUCUUACUAAUUUGA